AUGAUUAUUAAAAAGCUGCCAACUGAUAUUCAAUCUCUUUUAAGUGCUUCUUCUAAAAUAAAUAACUACAAAAACGCUGUCGAAGAAUUGGUCUACAAUUCCCUCGAUGCCGAUGCUACUUCGGUUGCUGUAAGAAUUCAUAUUUAUGAGAAUGUCAUACAAGUUAUUGACAAUGGUUUUGGAAUUGCGAAAUGUGAUAUUCCUCUCUUGGGACAGAGGUAUGCCAGCAGUAAAGUCACUGAAAAAUCCGCAAUUAAAAGUGCACCUAUUAAAUUUGGAUUUCGCGGCGAAUCUUUGUCGAAUAUAAUUGAAGUUUCACAGUGUGUUAAAAUAACAACCAGACACAAGGAUGCUGGUGAAACAUGGGUUAAAAGCUUUUAUAACGGACAGCACAAAGACAGUAAAAUAACUUCAAUGAGACCUUCAAAAGGAACCACAGUGGAAAUAAAAGGCUUUCUUUACAAUUUGCAUAUUCAGAAAAAAGCUACAAAUCCCUUGAAUGAAUUACAAAAUAUUAAAUUAUUUCUUCAACAAUUAUCACUAGUAAAUACAAAUGUUUCAAUAAGUCUCCGUGACAACUCCAAAAAUGAGAUUAUAUAUAAAGUACAUAAAAACAGAGAUGUUUAUCAAACACUUACUUCACUAUAUGAAAUAGAUAAAAAAGAUCUUCAAGAAUUACAGAUUGAAAAACAUCAGUAUAAAGCAAAAGGAUUUAUAAGUAAACAAAAUAGUAAAAGUUCAUACCAAUGGAUAUAUUUGAAUGGAAGAUUUAUCAAUAAAAGUCCUCUUCAUGAUAUAAUAAAUUCCAAUUUUACAAAAAAUAGACCAUUAUGUAAAAAUGUGAAGACUAAGGUAAAGAUAUCAAAUUUGUAUUACUCUAACUAUGAUAUAAAUAUAACUUCAACAAAAACAAUUAUAGAAUUUAAAGAUUGGACACAAACUAGGGAGUUAUUAGAAAAAUUGGUUCAAUUCUAUAAAGGUGAUAUUAAGUUGAAAAAAUUAGAUGUAGCUCAGACUGAGAGAAAAAAUAAAAUCGAAAAUACACGAGAAGAAGUGAGGAAAAUAAUAGAAAAAGUAUUGGGUAAUAAAAGUAAAGGUCAUAAAAUAUCACAAUUGCGCAAAGGUGUUAAAGGUAAGAUAGUGAAGAAAAAGAAAAACCCAAAUUCAAGUAGUAUAAAGCGAUUUAAAAAUCUGCAUAAAAUGGUUAAUAAAAGUAAAGAAACUGGUCACAACCUCAAUGUACCUGAAAAUCUAUCUUCAGUGAUAGAAGCUCCUAUAAGCAUGAAUUUUCAAGAAUUAGGUAAGAAUGCUCAAACUGAUAAUGAUCAUAAUUUAAAGAAACUAAUUAAAAGUAAUAAAGACAAGCAAAAAAAUAAAUCUAAACUAAAAAUUGAGCAAUUAAUUCAGCAAGAUGAGAAAAGAAAUAAAAUUAAUACGCAUACAAAUAAACUAGAACUUGAAGAAGCAGGUCACAUUAGUAAAUCUAAGGAAAACUUCACUUCAGGAGUAGAAGAUACAACAAAAGAUAACUUUUUGCAUAUCACUCGAAAUAAAAUGACACCCUUAAAAAAUAAAGCAUUUAAAAGAAAAAAGGAUAUGCGAAAAAUCGUAACCCAAGAAAUCGAUCCCAUAGUGAAGCGAUACAUGCAAGAAACUGCAUUUGAAAUUUAUAGUGAAAAAUUAACUAAAAAGAAAAAUAAUAUGAAUGAAGUACGACUUAAUACUCUUCACGUAUCUGAUACGAAAAUGAAUACAAGUUUACUUCAAAGCGAAGGCAAUAUUCAUUCAUUCUAUGAACACAAAUUGGCAUUUAAUGGUGUUACGCCUUUAAAUAAACUUGAAACAGAGUAUUUAAAAUCAAGUGAUCUCUUAAAGACAAUUAUAAAUAGCCAAAAAGUCGGCAAUUUUUUUAAUAAACCUUUCGAAGAACAUAAUUACUAUGGGAAAGUUCAUCAUCAGAAAUUAAAAUUGCCUUCCCAAAGACGAAAUAACAUUAAUAUUGUAAAUGAUACUGGUGAUAGAAAUAUUGAUCAAAUGCCUGAUAUUAAUUACAGUUAUUAUAUAAAUAACCAAAAUGAUCAUUUGCGAAAAAUUCAAGAGUGUUUUGAAAAGAAAUACAGCGAUAUUGAAAGUAUGGCCAAUAUUCAAAAUGAAUGUGAACUGACUUCAAAUUUUGACCAGUUUUAUAAAUAUAAUAAAAGAAUUAAACACGUUAAUAACAUUUCAACUGCUCACGUUUAUAAAUCUUUUCCUAAGCUGACUUUCGAAAGCCAUAAACAUUAUUUAAACGAUGCUAUGAUGAGAAAUAAUAAAAAUCUGAAACAUUUUAUUAGUAAGCAAUCUAAGGAAAAUUUCAAUCUCCACAAUAAUCAACACACUUACGUAAAUUCAAAUAAAUACAAGUCCUGUAUCAAUCAGCUUUAUAACAACAGAAAUAAAAGGAAAAAUUCCCAUAAAUAUCCUUAUUUAGAACCAAUUAAAACAGUGCCAUAUUUUGAACAUAAAUCAUCACAUACAAUUGAAUUUUCUACUAAUAACAUGUACAAUGUCAAACAAAAUCCAACCAAACAAAUAGACCAAUGGAAAUACAAAAUCACAGGAAAUGUACAAAAUACGUAUACAAUUUUAGAUUCAAACGUGUCAUUGGAUAUUGCAAGUUAUCUAAACAAUUUAAAUAAAAAUACAAUACGUCAUCAAGAAUCUGUAGCUUCAUGUCUGAGAUUCAAUUUUAGUUCUGCGAAUGAUUUAAUUGAAAAAGAAAGGCAUCAUGAUCCAAUAGUAACACAGAACUUAGAAGAAAACAAUUUAGAAGAAAUUAUGCUAAAUUCCGAAAUGCCAGCAUUUCAUUUUAGUCAAAAAUUAGAUAGCCAAAUAGAACCUAUAGAUUUAUGUAAAGCUGUUUAUCAAAACAAUGAUCACCACCAUAAAGAAGUCAAUUAUUUUAAUAUAGAUAAAGAAAAUGAAAUUAAGGACAGUGUAAAUUUAACUACCAGGAAGAAUAUAAGGCAUGAUUAUAGCAACUCUUCGUGUUACAAAAACGACGUAAUGUCACGAUAUUUUAACUCUAUUGAAAAUAUGAGAAAUCUAUCUUUAAAUGACUACCAUAAUUUGUCUAAUAUAGAGCAAAACAAUAAAGGGAAAGAGCCAAGAAAUCAAAUGGAGGAAAAUCAAAAUGAUAAUUGUUACAUAGUAGGUAAAGCUGACAAUUUGCCCCACGAUAAUGAAAAAGAAACAACACACCAUUUUAGAACAGUACAAAAUAAUCAACCAUUGCCAAUAGCAAAAUCAAACAAUGUAUUCAGUAGUGAAGAAUUUAAUAAAGAAAGAAAUGUUGAAGAAAACCAGAGCAAUGGAGAUUCUAAUUUAGUACCAAAUAUUAGGCGAAUUGAGAAUGAAUCAAAUAUUAUUGAGGUAGAAAAUAAUGAUUUAAUUAUUGAGGAGCAAAACAUGGAUAUAGAAAAUUUGAAUAAUUAUAAUCAAAUUACGCAUAACGAUAUUGAAAUUGUAGAAGUGAAUAACGAGAGAAUGCUAAAUAUUAGGAAUAAUGAAAAACUAAAAAUAUCCGAAAACUUUAUAUUACAAAGUAGACACAGUUUUGUACCUAAAGGAAUGUCGCCAAUAUUUGAAAACUGCAACAGCAAAAAUGUCUGCUCUUACAAUUUAGAAAAAGAUUAUUUUCAAGAUGAACUGUAUAACAAUUUUGCUAAUGAUGUAUUGGAAAAUAUUAAAAUAUACGAAAAUAAAGUUUCAAAUAUGAAUGAAGUAUCUAAAAAGAUUAACAAAGAUCCAAAUUGUUUAAAAUUUGACACACAAUCUCUUAAAAACGCAAAAGUUUUCGGUCAAGUUGAUAGGAAGUUCAUAGUCGCCGAAUUGAAAAGUGACAAUCUCAAUAUGAAACAUUUGGUAUUAUUCGACCAACAUGCUGUACACGAAAGAAUUAGACUGGAAGAGAAUUUAUCAGAUUAUAAAGAUUUUAAUCAAUGGAAUAGUGUAAAUUGUGAAAAAAUCUCAAUAAAACUGUCCAAGGACCAUGUUCUUUACCUGAACAAUUUUAAAGAUAAAUUUCAACAACUCGGCCUAGAUUGGAAAAUAGAAAAUGAAUCUCUAAUCACUAUUAAUGCUGUACCUAAAGCCAUAUUUGGAAAAUAUUGUAGACAGGCUGAUGUCAUAAUGCAAUCUAUUAAAAAUCUAAUCAUAGAAGAAAUCAAAGCAAUAAAAACACAGGGAGGCAAUACUUUGUCGUAUCCCAAAUCAAUUAUGGACCUCGUGUUUAGUGAAGCUUGCAGAUACGCAAUAAAAUUUGGAGAUAAGCUAUCGAAGAGGGAAUGUGCAACACUCAUUAGUUCUUUAUCAAGCUGCAGAAUACCAUUCCAAUGCGCACACGGGAGACCUGUGCUAGCUGUGUUAUCGGAUUUGAAAACUUAUGACAAUGAGUAUAAGGUAUUGUUUCCAAAAAUAAAUGCGUAUAAAGAAUUCGUAGAAUCUUUCACUUUUUUGUGA